GUGUAUGAAUUUUCCAUCCCCUAGCUUUAAGCGAGGAGGGAGAGGAAGGGUUGGCCAAGUGGGGCGGAAGGGCGCAUCUGAGCGAGGAGGAAGCAGAAACCUCACCGUUUCUUCCCCUCCGGACUCUGUGCUAGCACUGUAGACGUUUGCAGUUCUCUGCCCAGCCGCUGUGGGAAAUUGGCCUCGAAGUGAUUGAAAUUCCCUGUAUAUAUCAGGCGGCUUCUUUCAGAUCCAUCGUCUUUCUCCCGGAGUAUGAAUGGAAGGAUUCAGUAUGCGCUUCACAUUUGUAUGUCUCUGUUUGGCCAUUCUCAAACCAGGCCCUUUCCUUUGAAAAGUCGUUUGCAUGGGAUGUUCACUUCUUAGACACAAGGUUGUGUGCCCUGGUUUCAUCGUCUAACGCGUUAGAAGGCGCUUUCAUUUCUUCAUGGGUGUUGAGCGCCGACCACUGGGGUGGCCUCUGCCUUCGUAGACCUGCGCCUGGUGAGACGGACAGAUGCUGAACAAAACAAUGUGAAAUUACCGCAGUGGCAGUGCCCCAGAGGAGAGUUCCACGGUGAUAGGAGAAUGUGAGGGAAUUUGGCUUCUUUAGGGAGGGAAAGGAAGGGUUUCUGAGCAAGUGAGGAUCGAGCUGAGAGCUGAAGGGCUAGCAGGAGUUAACUAAGGAAAGAGAAAAGGAAAGGACAUUCCAAACAAAAAGACUAACUUGUCGGAAAGCCCUGUGGCGGAAGGGAGCUUUUCCAAUAUGAAGAACUGAGCCUGGAGAGAUGGGAUGAGGGGGAGUAUCGAACCUUUUAGGCUUUGUAAAGGAGUUUUGGUUUUGUCCUAAUAGCAAUGGGAUAUCUUCCAAGGAAUCUCAAUCAGAAGGGAGAGAUGGCUCCGAUUGGAAUGUCAUCCCUGGCUGAAGAGUAGAGGAAGCGAAAAAAAGAAGAGUUAAAGAGGCAAAUGCAGGGAACCCGACGAGGAGGCUAUUGCCGUAGUAGUUCACAUGGUGAAAAGAAUGGAGCGUUUGUAUUAAUGAUUAUGGAUUCACUCUUUGAACAAAUUUCUGGCAGCUUUUUAGUUUUGAAAGUGAGAAGUUUCAGACUCUCACUGAGGUAUUCUGUAGUUUUUUCACUCUAAAAGGAAACUAGUAGAGUUCAUGUAACACACACUAACGCCUCUUUACAUUUAACCUUAGUACGUGAUAGCUGAAAUUUCCAGCUGUGAUAAAUUGGGAAAUCCUUUGAUUUAAAAGAAAAACAAAGGCGGGUGAGGGUGAGAGUAUAUGCCACGGUGUGUAGAAUCCUUUAGACUCUUAAGAAGACACAAGGCGGCUGGGCGUGGUGGCUCACGCUUGUAAUCCCAGCACUUUGGGAGGCCGAGGCGGGCGGAUCACGAGGUCAGGAGAUCGAGACCAUCCUGGCUAACACGGUGAAAGCCCGUCUCUACUAAAAAUACAAAAAAAAUAGCCGGGCAAGGUGGCGGGCGCCUGUAGUCCCAGCUACUCGGGAGGCUGAGGCAGGAGAAUGGCGUGAACCCGGGAGGCGGAGUUUGCAGUGAGACGAGAUCACGCCACUGCACUCCAGCCUGGGCGACAGAGUGAGACUCUGUUUCAAAAAAAAGACACAAGAUUAGCUUUGAAGUUUAAAUCCAAUGGAGAAGACUCAAGAAACAGUCCAAAGAAUUCUUCUAGAACCCUAUAAAUACUUACUUCAGUUACCAGGUAAACAAGUGAGAACCAAACUUUCACAGGCAUUUAAUCAUUGGCUGAAAGUUCCAGAGGACAAGCUACAGAUGAUUAUUGAAGUGACAGAAAUGUUGCAUAAUGCCAGUUUACUCAUCGAUGAUAUUGAAGACAACUCAAAACUCCGACGUGGCUUUCCAGUGGCCCACAGCAUCUAUGGAAUCCCAUCUGUCAUCAAUUCUGCCAAUUACGUGUAUUUCCUUGGCUUAGAGAAAGUCUUAACCCUUGAUCACCCAGAUGCAGUGAAGCUUUUUACCCGCCAGCUUUUGGAACUCCAUCAGGGACAAGGCCUAGAUAUUUACUGGAGGGAUAAUUACACUUGUCCCACUGAAGAAGAAUAUAAAGCUAUGGUGCUGCAGAAAACAGGUGGACUGUUUGGAUUAGCAGUAGGUCUCAUGCAGUUGUUCUCUGAUUACAAAGAAGAUUUAAAACCGCUACUUAAUACACUUGGGCUCUUUUUCCAAAUUAGGGAUGAUUAUGCUAAUCUACACUCCAAAGAAUAUAGUGAAAACAAAAGUUUUUGUGAAGAUCUGACAGAGGGAAAGUUCUCAUUUCCUACUAUUCAUGCUAUUUGGUCGAGGCCUGAAAGCACCCAGGUGCAGAAUAUCUUGCGCCAGAGAACAGAAAACAUAGAUAUAAAAAAAUACUGUGUACAUUAUCUUGAGGAUGUAGGUUCUUUUGAAUACACUCGUAAUACCCUUAAAGAGCUUGAAGCUAAAGCCUAUAAACAGAUUGAUGCACGUGGUGGGAACCCUGAGCUAGUAGCCCUAGUAAAACACUUAAGUAAGAUGUUCAAAGAAGAAAAUGAAUAAUGUUAAGCCAUUCUUGAUUGGACCUCAUAGCUUAUUUUAGUUAAUCUUUUUUUUGUCUUUUAGCCUUACCACCUUUUAAAAAAUUUGUUAUUCUCCAGAAACAGUAAAUAGGUGAGUAGGGGUGGUGCAAGUGAAUUCGUUUUCAUUUAGAAGCCCCUCUGUACAGAUAAUCAAAAUUCAAAGUUGAAAGAAUCAAAAGCAGCCACAGUUAUGUAGGUCUGAUUUGAAUGUCAUAAUUGCAGUGACAGGACAUUGCCACCAACUCCAUCCUACUACCAUCAAUGUUGUGUUUAUUCCGUCAAUAAAAAAGACUUGCUUCCAGGAA